UAUAGGAGCAAGAAGGAUCCUGCAGGGGCUGAGCAGUGAAAAAGCUGAAGAAGCAGGAGCAAGCGGGAGAAAACUCUUUACCCGGGAAGCCUGGAAGAGACCCUGCUGAAACAGGUAUGAACACAAGCAGGAGUGAGACAGUGAAAGAGUCUCCAUUGAAGCCCUCUAGAAGAUCCAUGCCAUGCUUAGCACAGAGCCAAACACACCCUCACAGUCUGAGCAAACAUUCUUCAUUUCUUCAGCCAAACAGGCUCCAGCCACAGGCUCGGCCUCUGAGUGCAGGCACUUCAACAGCUACAGUCAAUGUAGUGUCAGAACGAGCUAAAGUGGUGGAGACUCUGGAAAACAACUUACUCAAGUUAUCCAAUACAGAAUACAGUGAUCCGUUUUUAGAUAUAGGAAAAGACAAAGAUACAUAUACAGAUGAUUCAGAACAUGGGAAUUAUGAUUCUCGCACAGAUCAGUCACUGCUUAUUCAAAACACAGUUACCAGACAGAAACCAGAACCUCGGAUUAAGUCAUCUUUGAAGAAUGAGAUGAAUGCCAUAGCAUCAUCAGGCCUCUUCUUCAAAGAUGGUAAAAAGCGCAUUGAUUACAUCUUGGUCUAUAAAAAGUCAAGUCUACAAAUAGAAAAAAGAAACACUUUUGAAAAGAACCUGAGGGCAGAGGGCUUAAUGUUAGAAAGAGAGCCAGCUAUUACGAGCACCGACAUAAUGUUUGUUAAAAUUCACUGUCCAUGGGAUACGUUGUGCAAAUAUGCAGAAAGAAUGAACAUAAGGAUGCCUUUCAGUUUGCAGAGGAAUAUCAGAGAGCUGAAAAGUUGGUUGCCCAGAAAUCCAAUGAAGCUUGACAAGGAGGCCCUCCCUGACCUGGAAGAGACAGAUUGUUACACAGCACCCUUUAGCCGAGCGCGGAUCCACCACUUUACAAUAAACAACAAAGACAGCUUCUUCAGCAACUCCACAAGAAGUAGAAUAGUGCACCACAUGCUCCAGAGAACGAAGUAUGAAGAUGGCAAAUCAAAAAUGGGUAUUAAUAGAUUACUCAAUAAUGGAACAUAUGAAGCGGCAUUUCCACCACAUGAGGGAAGCCACAAGAGCAGACAUCCCAUCAAAACACAUGGAGCUCAAAAUCACAGACACCUAUUAUAUGAGCGCUGGGCACGGUGGGGAAUGUGGUACAAAUACCAGCCUCUGGAUUUAAUCAGGCGGUAUUUUGGUGAAAAAAUUGGUCUUUAUUUUGCUUGGUUGGGAUGGUACACUGGAAUGCUCAUUCCUGCUGCACUUGUCGGGCUGUUUGUUUUCCUUUAUGGAUUGUUUACCAUGGAUUCUAGCCAAGUAAGCAAAGAGAUCUGCGAGGCAAAUGAAACCAUCAUGUGCCCUAUGUGCGAACGCAAUUGCACGCUACAGAAACUCAAUGAAAGCUGCAUAUAUGCAAAGGUUACACAUUUGUUUGAUAAUGGAGGGACUGUCUUCUUUGCUAUUUUUAUGGCAAUAUGGGCUACAGUGUUUCUAGAGUUUUGGAAAAGGCGGAGAGCUGUGCUCACCUAUGACUGGGAUCUCAUAGACUGGGAGGAUGAAGAGGAAGAGCUGCGCCCCCAGUUUGAAGCGAAAUAUUCCCAAGUGGAACGAGUAAAUCCCAUCACAGGAAAACCUGAACCUUUUCAACCCUUCCCUGAUAAACUUAGUCGACUGAUGGUGUCUGUCUCAGGAAUAUUCUUCAUGAUUUCUUUGGUACUUACUGCAGUGUUUGCAGUUGUGGUCUAUCGCCUAGUAGUUAUGGAACAAUUUGCAUCCUUCCAGUGGUAUUUUAUCAAAAAGUACUGGCAGUUUGCAACAUCUGGCACUGGAGUCUGUAUCAAUUUCAUGAUCAUCAUGUCACUUAAUGUGGUAUAUGAAAAAGUUGCCUAUCUCCUAACAGAUUUAGAGCAUCCUAGAACGGAAUCUGAAUGGGAAAACAGUUUUGCCUUGAAAAUGUUCCUCUUCCAGUUUGUCAACCUAAACAGCUCAAUCUUUUAUAUUGCUUUUUUCCUUGGCAGAUUUGCAGGCCGGCCAGGAAAAUACAACAAACUUUUUAAUAGAUGGAGACUGGAAGAGUGUCAUCCUAGUGGCUGUUUGAUAGAUCUCUGCUUGCAGAUGGGAGUUAUCAUGGUUUUAAAACAAAUGUGGAACAACUUCAUGGAACUGGGUUAUCCGUUACUACAGAACUGGUGGUCACGACGCAAGAUCAAGAAAGGAGGGCAGUUAUUGGAGCAUAAAAUUUCACUACCUCAAUGGGAAAAAGAUUGGAAUCUGCAGCCAAUGAAUCUCCACGGCUUAAUGGAUGAGUACUUAGAGAUGGUUUUACAGUUUGGCUUUACCACCAUCUUUGUUGCUGCCUUCCCACUGGCACCUCUCCUGGCAUUGCUUAACAAUAUUAUAGAAAUAAGACUAGAUGCUUACAAGUUUGUUACCCAGUGGAGGAGACCUAUGCCUGCAAGAGCAACAGAUAUAGGUAUCUGGUAUGGAAUCCUUGAAGGAAUUGGAGUCCUGGCUGUCAUCACUAAUGCAUUUGUUAUUGCAAUUACUUCUGACUAUAUCCCACGUUUUGUCUAUGCAUACAAAUAUGGCCCUUGUACAGAUGAAGGAUACAGGCAGGAAAAAUGUUUAAAGGGAUAUGUCAACAGUAGUUUAUCAGUAUUUGAUCUGAAUGAGCUUGGUAUGGGAUACUCAGGAUAUUGCAGAUAUCGAGACUACAGAGCGCCACCCUGGAGUUCAGCUCCUUAUGAGUUCACCUUGCAGUUCUGGCAUGUCCUAGCUGCGCGACUGGCUUUCAUUAUAGUAUUUGAGCACCUUGUUUUUGGAAUAAAGUCUUUCAUUGCCUACCUGAUCCCAGACAUGCCCAAAGACUUGUGUGACAGAAUGAGAAGAGAGAAAUACUUGGUCCAGGAAAUGAUGUAUGAGGCUGAAUUAGAGCAUUUGCAGAGAGAGCGGAAAAAGAAUGGGAAACAGUAUCACCACGAAUGGCCUUAGUUGAUACCAUAUAGCAGCAAAAACAUUCCAUGAAAAUUGACUAGUGCAGGUCUCAAAUGAAGGUAGAUCUGGCAAUGAGGAGCAGUGUGUAUAUAUGCUGCUAUUGGAAAAUAUAUUAACAGGCUUUUCUGGGUCCUGGAAAAUACAUGCUUCCAAUGAAGAAAAUGAAUAGCCAUAUCUGUCACUGGUCCAUGGUCAAUACCAGGAGUUGCUUUCAGUUCAUUAGAAAGUGUAAUGAGGGAUUGAGCACUUGGACGCAUCAGUAAAGCAACUUGCAAUGAACUUUCAUGCUAUUCAUCAAGUCAUCAACAGAAUAAUGAAAAUAAAUACAUUGCCUGUAAAACUUUCAUAUUAAGGGCAUGACUCAAAAACAAGUUAUAUAUCAUCUGCUACUUCUAAAGCUUUUGAUUGCUCAGUUGAAGUUGUAAUGCCAAUGAAAAAAAAAGUAUGAUUAAUUGUUGCCUUUGUGGCCAUAAAUUGAUGUUAAUGAUCCUUCAAGCUUACUGUUUGUCAGGUUUGUUCUAGUCUCUUGGUGAGAUUGUGGAUGUGGUCCUGAUCUAAACGGGGACACAAGGCUGUUCGAUAUAUACUAUGCAGUUCAAGGUUGGCACAUCACUUCUCAUCCAUCUAUCUUUAUAGAUAAAGCCAAAAAAUUCUAAAUUCAAAGAAAAAUCAGUUCCAUUGAAAGACUACAUCAAUUCAUUGCCCAUGUUGCAGCUAUAUUUGAAAAGAAAUGUGACUAUUUGAAUUGUCUUGCCAUUUUUGUAUGCAAAAAGGCCAUCUCCACAUACUUCCAGACUAAAUGAAGAAUCAUUUCCAUGCUAAAUGUAGCAUGCAGAUGAAUAACUAUGUCAAUAUUAUUUUGUUGGUCUACCUAGAUAGUGAUUCUAUGACUUCAUAAAACAUUGACUUGAAAUUUCUAUUGCAGUGCAAAUAAUUUACUCGUGUAUAUAUAGUUAACUUUACAGUAUGCAAGCUACUGUCAUUUAUGCAGAUAUAUAUCAAAUAUACAGUAUAACAUCAUGACUUGCUUGUUCAGGGAAAGAGAAGGAGAGUACUGUAUAGCAGCACUCUGUCUAUUCCAGUAAUGUGCAUUCCUUAUCUUGGGCUAAAUACAUCAAAGCAUGGAAAAAUAUGUAUAUUACUGUUAGGAUUAGAUUUUUUCUGCUUUUAUGCCUUCUUGGGAAGAUAUUUUUUUCAAAAUCAGCAGAAAAAGUAAAUGUUCUCAUGGAGAAUUGAACUUCAGUUUUCACAUCCAUACAGGAUACUGCAUUGUCAGUUCUGGUUAGUCAUGAAAUUGUCUUCAUUUUUAAUAUUUCAUAUUAUAAUAUUUCAUAAGUACUAAACUAAAACAAGUGUACAGGAUUCACUUAUGGAAAAGGGGGAAACUAAAAUUGUCCUGUUUCUCAUUUGUACAGUUUUAAAAAAAUGGUUCUUAUUUCUAUCAGAUGAAAAGAAUUAAAAGAAAAAAAAAUCAAAGAUAAUUUUCUUCACUUUUAAGACUCAUGUUAUGAUGCAACAAAGCACAAACUAUAGCACAGAUAAAUUCUAAUGUCAAUCUGAAGGAUAAAGCUUCAGUGAAAUCCCUUGUUGGCUGCAGACAAUGAGAGGAAUUGAAGUUUUCCUUCUCAGAAUACCUUAUUUAGGUAACAAGUAUAACUCCAACCUUUACGUGCACAAAUCCAAAAUGCAUCAUAUUUUAUUAUUUCAAUGCCAAUGAAAGAGGAAAUUUUUUUCAUAGGAACAUUGUUAAUGUACCUUUCUGUGGGUCUGAUCCAAAGCCCAUUAAAGAAAUGGAAAGACUUCUGCUAUCUUCAUUGGGCCUUACAUCUGACCCUUACUGAGGUUUAGUGAGAAAAUCCAGCUUUUUAUGACCAGACAAGGAAACUGCCUAUGUUUCCACAGUUUGGCAUCAAUGGGGAUCUAAUCAGUUUUAGCCAAAAAUUCCACAGCACUAGCUCUGUAGAACUGACACUUUCCCAUGCUUCUAUUCAAGAGGAAGGGUUUCCAUUCUAUUCUGCUUACGCUGUAUUCUCAGUGUCACAUGAUUCUUAAUAAGAAAUUCUUAAUGUGUUUUUGUCUUGUGCUUAAGACAUCUGUAUUGUCUAGUUUAAUGUAUUAACUCCCCGGCUUUAUAGCAUCCUAGUUUAGUUUUAUCCAUUAACUAGCAUAGGGUCACAAAUGAUGUGUCUUUUAAUGUUUUAACAAAAUGCCUUGGCUGGAACAAGGCAGAAGGACUGGUAUAAAUUUAGCCAAAAAUUUAUGAUUAAUAUUUCUGUGUGGUUGGUGUGUUUUUUUGUUUGUUUGUUUUUGGCCUGAGGAUAUUUUCACAUUCCAAUAUAUAGCUGGAAGAGUUCCAAUUGGGCAUUAAAAAUAGAGAAAUACAGAAAGGAAAUGCUUUUUGUAAUAGACUAUGGUCUUGGAUUUGGAGAUGUACAGAAGUCUUCUAUAACGACUUUCAGUGUUGAAAUAUAGAAAUAUGUUAGAUAGGAAUAUAUAAAUUUGACAUUGUUCAGUUAAUUUAAAGUGCUGCAAAAGCACAAGAACUUCUGGGGAAAUACUGUGUGUUUUUGUUCCUUUGUUUCUAGUGUAUCAACAGUGUCUAAAGGCAUUGCCUCUAUAUAGGAAUUUGUUUUAGCUGAGAACCUUUCUGCUAGAUUUCAUUUAGUGUGGUGUUUGCAUAAAAUACAAAUUAUCUUACAAAGAUAUAAGGCACACUCUGUCCUCAGGAAUAUGUAUUACAUGAAUGCUGAUUAAUCUAUAUUUUCAUAUUCUAGAUAUUUCUUUCCAAAUA